AUGGCCUCUGCAGACGUGCCUCCUCUCUAUGCGCCACAGAAGCUCGCGCGCUAUCGAUCUGUCCAGGCCUCGCAUCCUUCUUCUCAUCCUGUCUCUAAUAAUGCUAGCGCUGCUGCUUCAACUGCCCGGAAUGCCUCCAUCAGCCGCAGCAUGUCGCGGUACCGCAAGACCGCCCACGGCGUCCCUCCGCCGCCGCUGCCUCUGCCCGCCCAGCUCGACUCCCAGCGGCCCAGCUACGACCUCGCCCCAUACGACCACCACCACUACAACGAGGACGACGAUGACCGGCAGCAGGAUGUCGUCUCCGGGCCUGCGAGUCGCAGAGUCUCGAUGCAAAACACCGCCAGGCCGCUGACGGGCGCCGCCGCUGCGGGUGCGGCAGCAAGACGCUCUCUCGACCGCAACUCGGCCAAGCGCCACUCCUCGUACUCCCAGCAGCAAUACUUUGACGGCAGAGAUAGCUAUGAUCGGCCGUCUCGUUCGUCAGGACCGUAUUUUGUGGUCGAGCCUGGUAUGGGGCCCAACACCUUCGACCAGAGCUAUGAGAUGACGCCUGCGGCUGCUCCCACGACGACGACGACGACGACGACGAACAACAAGAAAAGCAAAGGAAGGCUGCUCAAGGAGAAAGGAGGUGGCUUGCUCGGCAGACUCAAGGGCGAGGAGCGUCUCAAGAAAAAGGACAAGAUGGCUGCUGUCGACGGCUAUAACACCGCCAGUAAUGCUACCAGCAACAUCACCAGAUCCGGGGCUGGAGUCGACGCCCCCGUCUCGGCUGUCAACGCUGGCGAGAGGAGAGUGACCGUCACCUGCAACGAGGCCUCCGUCAGCCUGCCCGUCACCCCGUCCACCCAGGCCCAGGACCUCAUCUGCUCCGCCGCCAACUGUCUGGCCGAAGACAUCGUCCCCGAGGCCGCCAUCAUCGUCGAGUCCUUUGCCCAGCUCAACCUCGAGCGUCCCCUGCGCAGGUACGAGCAUGUCCGCGACGUCCUCAACUCCUGGAACUCAGACUCCCAGAACACCCUCAAGAUCAUACCCGAUCCCGAUCCCAACAUCAUUCCGGCUCUGCUCGCCAAGUCCGCUCCCCGAAGACAGCCUCCCGACGUCUCCUUCAGCCUCUACCACUGCCAGCGGACGGGCAAAUGGGACAGACGAUGGGUCACCCUCCGCAUGGACGGGCAGGUCACCGUCUCCAAGAAACAAGGAAGCUCCGACUGCACCAACAUCUGCCAUAUCUCUGAUUUCGACAUCUACACCCCGACCCGCAGGGAGUACAAGCGGCUCAAGCCCCCCAAGCCGCUCUGUUUCGCCAUCAAGAGCCAGCAGAAGUCCGCCAUGUUCCUCUCCACCGAGAACUUUGUCCAUUACUUCUGCACAAAGCAUGAGGAUGUCGGCGGUGCAUGGCACAAUGCCGUCCAGGAGUGGAGGAGCUGGUACCUCGUCCAUGUCAUGGGCGAGGGAGCCAGAAAGAAGAAGCAGCAGGAUGCUCCUGAACCCGUCGAUGAUAAUACCCCGUACCAACUAGGAUCUUUUCAAUCCCUGUCUAUUGAUCCUAACAUUGAAGAAGCCUACAACAAGCUAACUGGUAAACGGUCUCGACCUACCUCCUUCAGCCAUCAGACGGGCAAUGUUGCUGCUGCUGCUGCUGCUGCUGCUCCCCUUGUUAACCAGGCAGUCAACAAGGAGCCCAUCAAACCCAAACGGACCAAAAGUAAAUCCAAGAAGAAAACAACAGCUGCAGCAGCAGCAGAUGACAGUCUCAGCGAGGAACAGCCCUUUGCUCCUACAGGCCUGCUGGGACGCACUUACACCCAACGACACAAGGCCAUGCUCGACCGCGAAAAGGAGCAGCACGCCCAGCCCGAUGAAGGGCCAUUCAUCUCUACCGGCCUGCUCUCCAACAUGCAUCACCACCAGGGUCCAGCAUCUCCCGUCUCAAACCACCUCCCGGACCAGCAGUACCAUCAACACCAACAGCAACACCCACACUACCACCCCAGCCGCUCCAACACCACUGCUGCUGACCCCAGACCAACAACAACCUCCUCCCGCUCCAAAUCAACCCGUCACCCGCCCAAGCCCCUGAUCGAUCUCACCCCGACAUACAAGGAGCCGCCCCAGCACGCUCGCAAGGGCCGCGGCGUGACUCCCAUCCAGGGCCUACCACUCGUCGAAUCCGCCACGGGUCCCGACUUGCAUCCCAACGCCAUCGUCGUGCCUCCUUCAACCACCUGGCGCAAACCACGCACUUCCGAUCCGAAUCCCGGGCCCCCCAACCCCAACACCUCGCGUCACCGCUCAAGACAGAAUACUGCUGGUGCUGCUGGUGCUCCGCUAGUUGAUCUCAAUGCUAUUGACCCCGUAGACCAGGGUCAUGGCCACAUCCACAUGGCGAUGCCUGGCUCGUUCCCCUUUGCGCCUACGGGCCUGGUAGCCCAGAGCCAGAAGCUGGCUGCCUCGCAGGGUGCGGCGAGAGGAGGACGCGGUGUCGCGACGGGUGAUAAGAAGAAGGGUAAGCCGUUGCUGGACAUGAGCCAUGUUCCCUUGCCGGCGCACUAUCAGCAUCCCCAGGCUGAUUCCGACUGACUGAAACCGACUAAUCAGAUUACUAUUGAUGAAUGAUGGAUUAUUGAAUUGAAUUAAAUACAGCUAAAGAGAUGGGAGGCGAUUUUCUUUUUUUUGUUCCUUAUUCUUUUGUGAAUUAUUUCGGACGCGGGAAAUGUACAUGUAUUGAUGUCUGUAUGUAUUUACGAGCAACGAACAAUUAUGCCAGUCAAUUUAAUCACCAUCACCACUACCACACAACUUUACUACAAACAUCAUCUAAAAGUCCUUCUCUUCCCUACAUGCUCCCUCCAGGGGACAUCAAGCAGUGAAAAGAGCCGCCUCGCGACCUCCGACGUUGUUACUGACCAGCUAGUCCAUCGACCAUCUCGCAGCCGCAAGACAGGAGACACAGCGGCCAGCCAUCGUCAACGCAACAGCACUAUCUGUUGCAGUAAGAGCUAAGUUCUUCAAAAAUUCCCAGCCGAUCCGAAGACCAACUAGAGCGGUCAUUGGUUUGUAGUUUUCAACUAGCAAAAACGUUGCCUCAGGCGAACCUUCACUGGAAACGUAAAACCCUUGCACUCGGAUGGGAGGGAAAAGGAGAAGAAGAAGAAGUUGGAAGAA